UUCUAGUUUUGUAUUUCUAGCACUCAAGUUCUUCUCUGUUUUGUAAAUUCUGGUUCUUAGGUUUUGUUUGUGUCCUCGUGUUCAGUGUAGGUUUAGCUCAGUGUCAAGUCUGUGCCUGUCGUGUGCUUCCUGUUUUACUUUGAAGGUCCUAUCUCAUGUCAGUGUUUCUAGUUUCGCUUCCCUUGGUCUCAUCAGGUUUGAUUGCUCCCAGCUGUGCUCUCCUCCUGUGUCUCAUUCCCUCGUUUUCCCUCAGUGCAUUUAAGCACUGUGUUUCUCUCUGUCAGUGUUGUGUCCUCUGCAUUAGUUGUGUGUUCCUCACUUGUCAUGUUUUGUCAGGUUAUGUCAUGCCACGUCAUAAACUCCCAGUUUAGAUCAUCCUUCCUAGUUUGAGUUUUGGUUUUAUUUCUAGUGCUCAAGUAUUGUGUUUCUAAGUUCCUUUUCUGCCAGUGAAUAAAAACUGCCACCUUUAGGUUUAAUACUCUGUCUCAGUCCUGUGUUUGGGUCCAACCACUGCCUGCCACACAGCUUACAAUGACAAGAGACAGAAUAUGUUUAAACACCACACCAUACGUUCACUUGUCACUUGGCUAAACCAAUUUUCCUUCCUUUCAAAUUAUAUACCUAUUAUUGUAAUUGUUUUUUUAAUACAUUUGAUACAUAGUGUUAGAGGCAGGGAUUAGUUCCAAAUAUAUCAGAAAUAAUCAAAGACUGGCAAAUAUCAAUAUGCAGUGAUCUGAGUUUCCAGCUAGAAUGUUUCAGGGCACACAGAUAUGGGCAGAUUUGUCAAAUAAAAUAUUCACCUUCCCACAAGAAACCAACACAGCUCAUGUGAGGGUGACUACAUCAAGACAAGAUCUGAGAGCUGUAACCAUGUGUUUCAGGUCCUUUACUGACCUCAAUAGAGACUAUUCCUUGUUCUCUCUGGCUACACCCUCUGCUAUCAAUAACUUCCUGAUAUUCAAGAAAGCUGCAAAUGGCUUAUUUGAACUGUGGGCCAGGAACAAAGCGAAUAAAGUUGAAGGGAUUGCCUACAAGUUGAACACAUGGCAUUCUAUUUGUUCUACGUGGGACGCUACCUCUGGACUCAUGCAGCUGUGGGUCGAUGGAGUCCCCUCAAGUAGAAAAUUUACCAGCUCUGGAUCCAACAUCAAUGGACCCAUUAUCAUUGUCUUAGGACAGGAACAGGAUACCUAUGGUGGGGGAUUCGACAUCAAGCAGUCCUUUGUUGGCAUGAUGUCCGAUGUCCACAUGUGGGACUACCCCCUUUCCCCCUGUGAGAUCCAGAACUACUCGAAUAAUCGGAGCUUCAUGCCAGGCAAUGUGCUGAACUGGAAUGCGUUUGAGUUUCAGAUUGUUGGAAGAGUGCUGAUAGAAAACAAACAAGAGUUGUGUCAAUAGGCAAGAAUUCUGAAUUCUUAUAAGAUUUUAAAAAUCAAUAUCUGAAGUUGGAUUUUAUGUUAAAGACAAAGGUUUAAAUUUUAAUUUUCUGAAAAAGUACAAAAACUGUCUGUACUG